UUGAAACGUGGACUGGAGAUGUAAAAGCUGAAAUUAAAAGUUUUUAUGGUGCAAUUGAACAUGCUUUACAAGAUACUUCACUUGAUAUUCAAAAACAAGAAAAACUAGAACAUUUAAAGGAAGCGCCUGAAAAUGUAAAAGCUGCUGUAUUAGCGAUAAGUUCCUUACAUGAAAAUAAUAAACUUGCUAUUUCUUCUCCUUCAUAUAAAAAAGAGGACAAUCAAAAUGAUAUUU